AUGUUUGGUUUAGAACGCUCAAGAAACAUAAAAUCCAACAACAAAGUAAAAAGUUUAAAUGGAUAGUGUAUGAUAUUAAAUGUGUGCCUGAGAUAUUUAACCAAAGCUAUAAAUAUUGGACAACUAGGGGAGUUCCAGCUUGGUGUGUUCUGGAGAAUAAUGGGAAGCUGGAGAGUUUCCACAACCUGAAACAAAAUGACCAACUUGGAAAACAUCUUCAAAUGAGAGACUAUUCUAAAUAAAAAAGAACUCCAGGUAGAUUCCUCCAUGGAAGAGAGCGAUAUGGUUCAAAUAAUGACCAAAGCACACAAAGGCAGCAGUGUUAGGACAAUCUCUAUUCUAUAGAAAGCUUUAGUAAAUGCAGACAAACAUACAACUAAAAACGUUAAGACAAAAUGGGAAAAAGAAUUCAAUAUAAUAAUCAAAGAGAGAGAUUGGCUGAACAUGUGGAAACUUCAUCACACGACUACUAGCUCUGACGUGGAGGGAGUUCACCUGGAAACAUCUCAGAGCAUUUUUAUUCCACCAAAGCUAAAAGUAAACUGUUACAGACACAUCAGAAAUGCUGCAGAGAAUGUGGAGGAUUAGAUGUCCACCAUUCACACAUUUUCUGGAAAUGUCCAAAACUUUCAGAAAAUCAUCUCUAAUGUCCUGAGAAAAGUACUUGGUUAUACGAUCCUGAUGAAACCUGAAUUCUUUGAUUGAUGUGAUUUUGAUGAUGGUACUGUCCAUGACUGUGAUGAAUAUUUGAUAAAGAUAAUGUUAAUGGCUGCAAAAAAUGUAGAACAAGGAAAUGGGGACAAAACACUGUCCCAUCAAAGAAUCAAUGGAGGACGUAUUCACCAUGGAAAAACUAAGCCAUCGACUGAGACUACAAGAACCACAAAUGGACAAAAUGGACAUUCUACAUACAAAAUAAUUAAGACUGUGCAACCCAGACAUUUUGUUUGUUUUCUUGUUUGUUUUUGUUACUGAUGUAUCGUAUAAUAAAACAUAAUUGUCAAUAAAAAGCAGCUUCUUCUCCUGCAGAAGUUUUCCUUCAGUUUCCUGCAUCGGUGACGGUUCGGUUUGUCAGUGAAGGCAGCAGGCGUGUCAGAGUUGUCGGAGCUUUAUCGGAGUUCCUGAACGUCCCCUGAGGUCAGAUAUCAGCUGGACUCAGAGUUUUAUCUCACUUCCUCCCGUCAGUUUUAUGCUCGGUGAAUUCCUUCUGUCGUCUUCAUUCUCAGACCGACGGUCCUUCAGGCUCCACCAUGAGGCUCUUCGUCCUCGUCCUCCUCGUGUCCCACGUUGCCAUGGUUGCAGCGGUGGCCGGUUGCCACGACGACACAGACAAAGACCACCGGCCGAGGAAGAACUGCACGGCGGCCGGUUUCAGCGACAUCCCGGCGGGACUCGAACCCACGACACAGGUUCUGCUGUUCCCCAACAACCUGUUCUCCAGCCUGUCCUGGUCCUCCUUCCAGGUCUUCACAGAGAUCCAUGAGAUCGACCUGACGGGAAACAAGGUUCCAGACAUGACCCCCAGCGUCGCUCCCAUCCUGCCCAGCCUCAGUGUCCUCCGGCUGGGCUCCAACCGGCUGACGUCCCUCCCUGCCGACUCCUUCACCGCCUGUCCGGCUCUGACUGAACUCCACCUGGGGAACAACGUCAUCAACUCUCUGAACAACGGCAGCUUCAACGGACUGAGCAGGCUGGAGAUCCUGGACCUGUCAUCCAAUCACAUCAAGGUUCUUCCUGAUCUCAUGCUCCGCCCCCUUGCAGCCAUAGAAACCAUCUACCUGGAGAGUAACAAGAUCAGCGUGAUGCCGAAUGAUUGGUUCAGCGAGAAGGAGGAGGUGAAUUACCUGUACCUCUCAGCCAAUCCCUGGGCCUGCUCCUGCUCCCUCGAUUAUCUGCACGGCUACCUGAAGGAAAACGACGACAUCAUCUACGUGAGGGAUGGACCUAUAAUUAGUCGCAACGUGGACAGUGUGGUGUGCGACUCUCCAAAGCAUCUCGAGGGGAAACCUGUGGUCGAACUGGAAGAAUCAGACUUUUGUUCACCUACAACAGUAUCGAGUUCACGUGGAGAUUUCUACCAGCCGAAAGACCCAACUACUACCAUUGUUCCUGUAACUACUGCUGAUGCUACUCCUUCUCCUCCUCCUUCUUCUCCUACAACUACUACUACUACUACUGCCGCUACUACUACUACUGCUCCUACUACUACUGCCGCUACUACUACUACUGCUCCUACUACUAGUACUACUGCCACUACUACUACUGCUACUACUACAACUACUGCUACUACUGCUGCUGCUCGUCCUACUACUCCCACAUUUAGCAUUAUACCACCAUUUGUAGAGGUAUACACUGACCACCCAAGAGUAGUCACAUGGUACCAAACUUUCACCAGACUCAUCGAAUGGUUCGAUCAUUCAGGCUUAGAGGAAGAAACACAGGAAGCGUCCAUUGAGCUGCAAGACUUUUCUACUCGUUCCACUUUUACCACAUCAACCGAAGGUCUGACCGAACCCUCUCCAGUAGCCGUAACGUUGAUGGAGCUCCCGACAAGAACGACCAUCGAGUCGACCCCAUCGUGGGGAUCUGGCACCAAAUCCGGUAAGCGGUGGCGCCGUAAAGUAACUGCUGCAGGGGUUUUCUGCAUUUGGUUGUUCGCCGGCUACUUCCUGUUGAGCGCAGCGACGGCAGCAUGCAUGGUGGUGACUCUAGUGAGGCUUUUGGUCUGGUACAGGAGAUUGUACCGGCCACUGUUGAGGAGAAUCGGAGGCAGAGUGAUGAUGGUGACGUACGGCCAGACGGAGCAGGAGGAGGCGGCAGGAGGAGGCAUGACGUCGCGGUAUCGCUCGGUUCUGUUCAUCAACAGAGACAGAGGCGACACCACGGCAGCAGAGGGUGAUGGCGAAGAGAGAGGAGUGUACCGGAAGACUCUAUACCGCCUGCAGAACCGAGAGGAGGAGGUGGAGAACUGGAGGGAUGUGGUGGAGCAGUGUCGGGUCUCCAGGGAGGAUGGAGGGAGGAGGGCAGGACCGUCCAGGAAGCGCUACAGCAUCAUCCUGAGGGAGGAGCGAGGGGAGGCCGGGGGAGGCAGGGAGGAGCUGGACUGGGUGGUGGGAGGCUGGGAGGUGAUGGGAGGAGGGCAGGCAGAGGCGAGGAGCAGCUGGGGGGAGUGGCUAACGCAGUAUUUACCCAGCAUGCCCUGGGGAGUUACCACGCCCCCUGAGGACAAGGCGGCUCAGUGACGUCACAUUGGUCAUCGCUCAGUUUUACAAAGUUGAGACCGACGUAGAAGAGACACAAAACAACAACAGAGACACAAAACAACCACAAAGAAACACAAAACAACCACAAAGAAACACAAAACAACCACAAAGAAACACAAAACAACCACAAAGAGACACAAAACAACCACAAAGAGACACAAAACAACCACAGAGAAACACAAAGCAACCACAAAGAGACACAAAACAACCACAGAGAAACACAAAACAACCACAGAGAGACACAAAACAACCACAAAGGGGCACAAAGCGACAACAAAGAGACACUAAACAACAACAAAGAGACACAAAAUGGACACAAAGUCACAGAAAACGACCACAAAGGGCACAAAAUAACCACAAAGAUACAAAACCACAACAAAAUCACACAAAAUGACCACAAAGAGACACAGAACACCACAGAGAUACAAAAUGACCACAAAAAUAUACAAAAACAACAACAAAGAGAUUGUUGUUUUGUUGAAAUAAAGAGACACAAAGUGAUCACAAAGAUACACAAAACUAUCACAAAGACACACAAAAUGGCCAUAAAGACACAAAACAACCACAAAGAGAUGCACAAUGAUCACAAAGGGACACAAAACCACCACAAAGAGACACAAAACAACUAUAAAGAGACACAAAACAGUUGCAAAAAGACACGUCAUCCCUACAAAAAGACAGAACAAAACACAUAAAGACACACCAGCAAAUAAAACACACCUGGGGGGUAUUCCCUGAAGCUGGCUUAGGUCUAAGCCUGGCUUAUUUCGGUCAGCUUCGCUAACUUUAGUGAGAGUUUUGUUCCACCAACAAGGCUUAGGGCUAGCCUGGCUUGGUAACCAUGGUAACUCAGCCACAGCGACAAGCCUGGUCCGGGGCAGGCUAACAGUCAAGCUUACUUUAGCUCCAUGUCAGAGAAGGUUCUGACGAGCUUCAGAAAGACGCCUGUGAACCGCAUGUUACACAUUAAAAUCAUCUUGAUCUGUAAUCAAUGAUGUUCUUGUUCGGUGACAUACAUUGAGACCUUUUUUAAAUAAAUAAACUCUAUCAUAUUACACUACACAUUUUGUCACAGUGGCUCAGUGGUUAGAGUGUAGUUAAGUAGAUUAAAUGUGGUUUUACUUUUCAUUGCGCCAUGGGUUGGAAUCCACCAGCGGUAAAUACUUGGAAAUAUCUGAUUUUCUUUCUUCUUUCACCCUCAAAGUGCAGUCAACACGUAACAGGAAUAGGCACAGAUUGUCUUAAAAUAAGCAGGACACAACAGCCACAGUUUUCCAUAAAGAAUACCUUCCUUUUACCAGCGGUCCAAUCUGAUCAUGAUGAGAAUCCAAAGGUGAGGCCAAAUGAUGAGAACUAUUUUGUGUACAGCUCAUUUGUGUCUUCUCCCUUAUU